GAGAGUCGUGAGAGCUACUCAGGAGCGUGAUUCAUCCGUUAAUAGGGCUGUUAUUGAUUCCGGACGGUAAAGCAUCAAAAAAUAUUUUACCCAAGACAAUCAUGACUGUUUUGCGUCUAGCACAAUCACGUGUCGACAGAAAAGCCUUCGUUGUUCCCGCACUUUACUAAACCGAGAAUCGAGAUGUAAGCGCGCGGAGAUGGUGCGAGCUCACAGACCCAGCUGCAACAUUAGAGGCGGGCACAUGUUUAUUUUACAUUCAGUCGAAUUCGUCGUUUGCUUUUGACUGUGUGAACUAGCUCCGUGUUAUUUAAAUUUUAAAAAAUCUUCUUUGGGGGGGAAAGAGAUCAUGAGUUUGGACCAGGGUGGAUAUGAUGCGGUUUGCCACGCGGACAACGGAGCAGGAGGCGUCCUUAGCAGCGGCGGUAUCAGCGUUCCUCAGCGGCAGCCCAUUCACAGGGACGUUCGCUACUACCAGCAGCACUCGCGUCACCAUGGAACCUCCAUGGAGAAACAACCGCCGCGCAACGAGCCAGCGGACCUGGUCCGACGUGCGCUCGACUUCAAGACUCAAGCCACGCAAUGCUACAAAGAUAAGAAAUACCGGGAAGCUAUCGGGAAGUACCACCGCGCUUUGCUGGAGAUGAAAGGGUUGUGUCGAGUUCUCGGUGAUCCUGACACAGGCUCGAAGUCACCCUCCUCCGUGCUGUCCACGAUAAGCAAGGCGUCUUUGACAGACGAGCAGAAAGGGGCUGUGGAGAACGCGGAACUUGAGUGUUACAACAGUUUAGCGGCCUGUCUCCUGCAGAUGGAGUUGGUGAACUAUGAGCGGGUGAAGGAGUACUGUUUGAAGGUGCUGCGGAAAGAGGGCGAGAACUUUAAAGCGCUUUAUCGCUCUGGAGUUGCCUACUAUCACCUGGGCGAAUUCAACAAGGCGCUGUAUUACCUGAAGGAGUCGCACAAACAAGAACCUUCAGACACCAACGUGAUUCGCUACAUCCAGCUGACGGAGAUGAAGAUACGUCGCAGCACUCCGAAAGAGAAGAAGGAGGACUUGUAAACAAAGAAGAAAUCAACAAACAAACAACAACAACAACUACAACUAAAAAAAAAAAAUGACAGGGGCCACACCUGUAAUGCUGCCAUCCCUACACUGUGUUCUGUCACUUUCCAACUCAUUCAGCGCUGCCCUGCCACUCCCACAGCUGACCACCCCGUCCUGCAUGCACUCCUGCACACACACACACACACACACACACACACACACACACACACACACACACACACACUCUCCUGCACACACCUCCAGCAGGACAGAGAGCACAGCUGCAACUGAGCGCCUUCCACGCUAACACACCCGUACUAACACACCCGUGCUAACACAGGCAGAUCUCACGUAAUGACUUUUACGAGGGAUCGGUAGGUUCUGAGCACGAACCAUGCUAACAGGCGGACCUCACAUAAUGAUUUUUAUGAGACAUUGGAGGUUUUUUUAGGAGGUUAAAAUGGCCGAUGUGAGACUAGCGAACUACUCAUGGCCGAUGUGAGACUAGCGAGCUACUUAACAAAGGUGUUGCCUGCGCUUUUCCUGCUGGGCUUCAGGGGAGGUCAGUGAAUUGUGAAGUGGGCAGCAAUCGGUCAUAACAGGAAAUGCAUAUGUUUCCUAUUAUUUCCACCUCACUCUCUCUUGUCUCUCCUGACUGCAGGCUGCCAUGUUUGCUUUGGUUAUGUGCACAACUCCUAUUUUUACCCUUAUUCACUUUUUUCCCACACAAACACAUACACACCCACACGACCAUAACCGUCCCCAUACUAGGCAAAAGAGCAAGCGUUCUUUGUGUCGUAUCAAUCUAUAGCCUAUAUGUUAAUAGUUUUUUUUUAUGAUGGUUGAGCAAUGCCGCCAUGCCAGCUUUGCCCCCUCCUGUUAAUGUCACAGCAAUGAGCGUGCAAAGCAUGACUAGGCUCAUCAGUGUGGAAGAGCACGAGUUAUCACUGCCAGCUCAUACGGUGCCACUCGGGCUGGUGCCAGGCCAACGCUCGCGCCAGCACAGAAGGUGUGCCGAGGCCAUCACUGUAGUUACUCGUCAUAGAGGACUCGAGGACAUGCACUAACACCAUCAGUGUGUGAGAGCAUGAAUGAAGCAUCCAAUGAAUGAAUGAUUGGAUGGGUGGAUGAAUGAGUGGAUGGAUGAAUAGAUAUGCCUGACAUUCCACAACUAAAGGUGUUGUGUGUUGAUGAUAACACUGUUGUGUGUUGAUGAUAACACUGUGCUUCACAAGGUCCAGAGUUUACUAGAGAGGGAGCACUACUAUGAAAAUGUCUAAUUGAAUCUGUAGAGCCAAAGUGUUGUGGUGGUGAAGGAGAACUUGCCCUCUGUGUUUUUACAGUAGCUUUAGAUAAUACUGUCAUCUGAUGCUAUUGCUGUACACUGAAUUUUACUGUUUUUUCUGUUUUGUCCUAACAGCAAACUUUCCACUCGCACCACUCAUUCAAAAGGAGUUCAAUUGAAAGGCAUAUCUGCCGUAUAACUAUGUACAAAAUGCACUCAAGUGUCAGAGCAUACAGUAUCUUGGAAGAUUAAGUUUCACUAUGAUGUUUUUUUUUAAUGUUUGGUAUGUCCAGAUAUUUUUAGUUAGGGUGGUCUAACCAAGUUACCACCAAUGGGCUAAGUUGUGUUCCAAUGGCUCUCUCCACUGGUGCACAUUCAUGCGUUUCUACCCUUUAAACAUAACGCCUGUCUGUUGUGGGCAGCCUGGCCUGAGGUGCGUUCAAAUUUGGCAAGCGUUCGCGGUGAUCAUGUUUUCUUUGAACAGUUAAAUUAGAACAUUCCAUUCUAACGGUAAUUGCAUUGUUGCCUUCGUCAAACUCACGUCCAGUUCCACUGUAUUUUCACGGGGGAACUACCUCCUCAGACUGUUUGCGAUUGUUCGCAAACGUUCACCGAAAACUCAAGGCUAACGGAAAACUGUUUGCAAACGUACGCAAACGUUCACCUAUGUUUGUGAAUUUGAACGCACCUUUGGUCUGCUCCUUCAUUACUGAUCCUAUAAGGCCACUUAUACGUACUGUAUGCUGAUGAGUUUCACCUCGUGCAUCUGCGAGGGGCUGCUAGGGUCCAAGUGACGGUGAUGAACGUUGUCAUCAGAAGGUUGACGGGAUGUGCGGACGCCUGGGCAGAACCCUCCAGGUUCUUUUUGUCACAUUCCGAGCCCACGAUUCCACAUGACAGCAGCUUGUCAUGGCUUUAUGGCUUUAGUUAGGAGAGAGAAAAAGUCUGCACACCAAACAAUCGUGAUUUACCAUUAUAAAAAAUUGACAAGCAUUUUCUGGUGUGGGCGGACUUUCUCUCUCCUAACUUAUGCUUAUCUGUCCAGCACCCAGUUUUUUUUAUAGUUUUUGGAUGUGCGUGCGGUAGCCUACUCUUCUUUAUGGCUUCAGUUGCCACAGCUGGCGCAGAGCUGGCCCUGUGCUGGCCCACUUCCUGGUCAAGGUCAGCCUCCGUCAGGGGUGGCCUGCAGGGGUAGCGGGUGGGGGUCUGGAGUAGAAUUAGUCACUGUGUUAUUUAUGUACACCCUCAAUGUGCAGCAGCAGCAGCAGCAGCAGCAACCUCUGGGGCUUUAGUCUGUGAUAACGCCACUGUGCAGGAACAUGUUGCUAUGGUUUUACUACACUUUGUUCACUGUGCUGAAAGAUGUUGCUGUGGUAUUACUAAACUUUGUCCACUGCAUAAACAUGUUGCUAGGGUGUUACUACACUUUGUCCACUGUGCAUAAACAUGUUGCUAGGGUGUUACUACACUUUGCUGCAGUGCAUAAACAUGUUGCUAUGGUACUACUACACUUUGCCGCAGUGCAUAAACAUGUUGUUAUGGUACUACUACACUUUGCCGCAGUGCAUAAACAUGUUGCUGUGGUACUACUACAAUAAGUCCACAGUGCAUAAACAUGUUGCUGUGGUACUACUACAAUUAGUCCACAGUGCAUAAACAUGUUGCUGUGGUACUACUACAAUUAGUCCACAGUGCAUAAACAUUUUGCUAUGGUGUUACUACACUUUGCCGCAGUGCUUUGCUACAAAUCGCUGGUGGUGAAGGAAGGCCAGAUUCACUAGAUCCACCUCUGUGGUAAUAGAUGUGUGUUGUAUUGUAUGCAUUACUGGCUUUGAGUCCAUAGGCUACUUGGAGCAUACCCCCAGACCUCACACAAACCCUAAACGCCUGUUUAAGGAAGAAUAAGGCAUUAUUCACUCAGCAGAAAGCAGAAGACUGAAAACCAGAUGGCGCUACUGUGGCAAGAUGGAGGUUGGUGCGGUGUGUUAGGAAGGCUGAUGGCACAUGGGGGGCCCUCCGCCAUUAAACCUUAUGGUGCACAUAGUAAAAACAUGUGUUGUCCUGUUCUGCAGUGGGCCAUGCUGUACAGAACCUGUUCACUGGAUGUGGUAUUUUUGGAAUGCUUCUGCUGACUCUUUCGUUGGGAGUGAGCCCAACUCCACACAGCAUCACCAUCAUCACCAUGACGAUCAAGCGCCUUAUCUCCUGGACUGAGGCGCUGUGACUGAGCUCCACUCCACAAAGCAUCAGUAGCCAUGACGAUCGAGCGUUGUUAUCUCCUAGACUGAGGCGUUGUGUGGACUUGUUCUUCUCUAUCGCUCCUGCCUUCAAGCGCACCAACCUGUUCUCCCAAGGACCUUUUUCUUCUUUCUUUCUUUUGUUCGUUCGUUCUUUCCUUCCUGUUGGAAGUGCACAGAUGUUUCAGCCGUCUGAUCAUUCAGCCGAUAGUGGUCGUGUGUGUGUGUUCGCUAAGCUUGAUUGCACAUGCCUGUCCCCCCCCCCCCUCCUCCUCCCACCAUCCUUCCCAAAUCCCCCCAGGCAUUGUUGACGAGCAUGUCAUCUGAGAAAGCACCAUAAGCAAAGAUGUCCUUUUGUUGUGAUACGUAUGUGUAUGUUGAAUAAAUUAAAAGUGUGCUGAU